AUGAUUUUGAUUCUGCCCGUCUGGCUCGCCACAGCUUCACUGAUCGUGGCGACGAUAACCUGGUUUCUGUUUAAGCUCAAAGCGCGCUGGGGCCGGCUCGCGGUGGACGGACGGCGCACGGUUGCAGGCAGCGGCGGUGCGCCCCCGUGGCACGAUUUGCCGGACUCUGUGUUCGCGGCUGUGAUGGAGAAGGCUGGCCUUCAAACCGCACGGUCGAUCCGCGGCGUGAGCCGCUCCUGGCGCGCCUCAGCCCAGCGCACGGCGGAGCACCUCGCGCCGCGCGCACUGCUCCCGGGGCCCCUCUCCUCCGCCUUCCCAAACCUGACCGUCCUGGACCUGUCGCGCUGCUGCUGCGCCGGCGCCGGCGGCGCCCCCGCAGCAGGGCGGCUCGACCCCGCGCUCGUCGCCGACCUGUCGCGCCUGCACCGCCUGGCUGACCUGCGCCUCGGCUGCUCCCCGCUGCUGCCCGCCACUGGCGCCGGCGCCGGCCCGGGGCGUUGGGAGGACGACGUGCCGACGGGCGGGGACGCGGCGGCGGCUGACGCGUCGGAGGGGUUCUCCCACAUCACAGACGACGCCUUGGCCGGCCUCGCGCUCUCAGCAAUGCAGCGGGCCGCCGCGCCACCUGGCGCGGGCUUGUCUCGGCUGCGGUCCCUGGACCUGGGCGGGUGCGUCCUCGUCAGCGACGGCGGCCUGAUCGCGCUGGCGCGGCUGGCGACGCUGCGGGAGCUGCGGCUGCGGCGCUGCGCCAGCGUGUCCGACGCGGGGCUGAUCGCGGUGGCACAGCUGGCGGGGCUCACGCGCCUGGACGCGGCGGGGUGCCCGCGGAUCACCAGCCUGGGCCUGCGCGCCCUGGCGCCGCUGCCGCUGGCUGACCUGGACGUGAGCGGCUGCCUGCUGGUGCAGCCGGCCCCGCUCGGCGGCGACCCCGGCUGCCUGGCCAGCCUGCAGCACCUGACGACCCUGCGGCGCCUCAUCGCGCACGACCAAGGCGGCGGCGGAGGCGGCGGUGGCGGCGGCGCUGCCGCCGCCCACAGCUUUGACCCGAAUGUCCUGCGGCCGCUGAGCGCUCUGACUCUUCUCACUUGCCUCUCGCUGGGCAGCUGCGCCCUGGGCCGCGGCCAGCCGGGCCCACGCGACCGCCAGGCGGCCGCGGCUGGCGUGGCCGGGGUCGCCCAGUGGCUGCCGGGGCUGCGGCGGCUGGCGGUGGCGAUGCCGGCAGACGUCGCGCCCGGGGCUGACGCCCUCCUCGACGCCCUCCUGCCGCUGGAUCAUUUGGAGGCCCUGUACACGUGUGUGUCGUCGCUGCCUACGAAAGACUCCCUAUCCCAGAUGACGCGCCUGACACACCUUGAGCUGCGCUGCGUUCUCACAGCCCUGCCGGCUGACGCCCAUGCCGACGCGCACGCCCACGCCGCCCCUGCCGCCGCCGCCGCCGACGACGCAGCCGGCGCCGCCACUGCCUGCUGGCGUUGGGGCGAGCGGCCGCUGCCCGGGAGCCUUCGCUCCCUCAGCCUCUCGUCGCUCGGCUGGCCCCACUCGUGGGCCGACCUUCGCUGGCUCGGCGCCUGCGCGGCGCUGACCGCGCUGACUGCGCGCGGGCCCUGGCUCGCGUCGCCCGGCGCGCAGCGCCAGCUCGGCGCCCUGCCCAACAUACAGGUGCUGGACCUCCAUUUCGGCUUGCACAACGGCGCCCCGCUGGAUCAGCAGGACGCGGCGUGGGACGUCCUCGCCGCCGCCGCGGCCCGGUCCCGCCUGCGCGCGCUGUCGCUGACUGCUUAUAUUGACGGCGGCGCAGUGCCUUGGCAGCUGCGCGGGCGGGCGGAGGGGAUCCUACAGAACCUGCGCUUGCUGAGCCGCCUGGAGCGUCUCGAGCUCGGGCACCCCCUGAGCGGCGCGGCGGCCCUGCUGCUCCCGUUUGGCACGCUGAGCGGCCUUACGUCCUUAGUGGUCCAUGCGAGCGUAUUCGAGGCCGUGACAGACGCCCACCUGUCCCAUUUGGAGUUGCUGCCUCGCCUGCUGCGCCUCGAGAUCUUUGGCCGUGCUUUGCAGGCGGCCCUCGUCCCGAACGGCCCCACGCUGACCGGCGCUGGCCUGGCGCCGCUCGCGCGGCUUGGGGCGCUCGAGACCCUGCGGAUUAAUCAUUGCUUCUGCUUCGCCGCCGCGGGCGCGCGGGCGGCCGGGCAGCUGGCGGCUUCGCUGCGGCGGCUCGACCUCACUUAUUGUUCCGCUCUCGACGAUGGGUGUGUGUUCCAUCUGAGGCUCCUCACAAGGCUCUCGAGUCUUGACAUCAGCGGCUGCGGCCGCCUGGGCGACGCCGCGCUGCAGGUGGUGGGCGCAAGCCUGACCGCGCUCGCCGCCCUCCACGCCCGCAACUGCCCGCGCUUCACUGACCGCGGCCUCUCGCAGCUCACCCCCCUUCACGCCUCCCUGCUGCGGCUGCGCCUCGGGCCCACCCCGCGCGUGAGCGACGCGGGUGUUGCUCACGUCGGGUAUCUCACGUCGCUCACGUCGCUGGAGCUCAGGGGUUGCCCCCUGGUGACUGGCGGCGGCAUGACUGGGCUGUCGCGGCUGCGGAGCCUGUCCAUCCUUGAUGUCGCGGGGUGCGGGCUGGGGGUGGAGGGAAUCCUGGCGCUGUCGCCACUGACCGGGCUGGCGCAGGUCGAGUUUUGA